AACGGAAUGCAAUACUUGGAGAGCAGAAAGAUAGUUCAUAGAGAUUUGGGAGCUAGAAAUGUUCCUCUAGACAGAGCAUUAACAGCCAAAGUGUCCGACUUUGGACUAGCAAGAUUGCUUGAUCCAGAGGACUCAACCUAUGCCUCAUCAGGUGGGCCUAUUCCCGUAAAGUGGACGGCACCAGAAGGAUUAGCUAGAAAUUUCUCAUCAAAGUCAGACGUUUGGUCUUAUGGAAUAGUUCUAAUAGAAAUCGUCACUAGAGGAGAGGACCCUUAUCCAGAUGUAUCGAAUUCUCCUUUGCAAAGAAAGCUUAGAGAGGGAUACCGUCAUCCUCAACCAAGGAACUGCUCCGAUGCCUUGUAUCAGCUGAUGCUGUCUCGCUGGAACUCUGAACCCUCUAAUCGAUCAAAUUUCUUAACAAUUGCUAGGAAAUUGGCAGAUAUCAAUGUUGAAAAAUGA